AAACGGUCCAGUCGAACUGCGGUUUAGUUUACUUAACAUUGUGAAAUUGUGAACAUUUCAAAUAGCAACACAAAAAAAUGAUACAAAUUACACACUUUGUUAAUCCUCACAAGUUUUUUUACAAGCGCAAACAGGAUGAAGGUUUUGACAAACAAUUGGAUGAUAUGGAAGUCAAAAUCAAAGGUACCGUUUGCAAAAAGAACGAACACGAAGAGAUUGAAAUUGGUGACACGGUCGGUGUAUUUAUGAAAGACUGGAAUAAAUGGAUUCGCGGCAUUGUAAAGGAAAAAUAUCAAAAUGGAAGCGCUCAUAUAUGGGCUAUUGACUACGGAGUUCCAUACAUUACACCACUCGUCAAACUCGUUAAACUUCCACCGAUGUACGCAAAAAUGAACGGAAAGUAUCAACGCAUCCAUGUUGGUGGUAUCAUCAACUGUAUUCCGGCUGAAUCGUCUUACGAUUUUGAGACAAACGACAUGGUUUUUGGCGAACAAGCUCAAUGGUCAGCAAAAGCAAUGGAAAUUUCACAAUGUGGCAUUGGUCGUGCGAUGCAAUUAAAAUUCGAGGAAGUGCAUGAAAUAAAGAUGGGACAUGAAACGCUCAUUUUUGGCAAUUUAAAAAUUCAAAAGCCGGACGGAACAUGGAUCGACUUAGCCGAAUGCCUGUUAAAGGCACAAAUGGCAAAAGCAACGACAGGUAGUUGGAAUAGCCAUGUACUUCGAUUAGAUUCAAUCAAACAAAUCGAAUGGAAAACGAUCAAUAAUGAACCGAUUCAAGCUGACACAAAUGUGUCGAUUUUUUCAAUGGAACGCAUGACCAUUGAAGUGAAUGAGGCUUCAGCAAAUAUUAACCGGCCGACAAAGAACGAAAAUCCUGCGAAAAUGUCCAGCUUUUUGGUCCAUCAGUACAAUAGCGAUGGUCAACAAAAUGGGAACAAUUCAUUUUUGAAUGAACCGUCGUCUUCACACGUAUUCAAAAAACGCAGCAUCAGCUCAAGCAGAAGCGUUAAAGGUGCAUUCAAUUACAAUGCAAGCAAAUCCAUGCAAUUUAACAUCCAUCAAAAUCGUAACCGCAGCGAUCGAAACGAUCUUACUUCCGAGUUCCCAAAAGGGUGGCACACCAAUGGGGAUCUUCGCAAUCAACGCUAUCGCGAAGAAAUCAAUUUCUUUGAAGCAUCAUUCCGAAGACCAAAUAACGUGAAAGAAAAUGCAAACGAUGACGACGCGGACAAAUCAACGGAAAUCGAUAGUGAAAGCAACGAAAAUGGCGCUGGCGAACAUGUUAACAAUGAUAAGCCCAAAAAAAACGAAUCAACCAACACAAUUUCGCCAGAAAAAGUGUCCACUACACAGAAACCGACCAAUAACGAUGCAUCCAAUAACGAACAACAUAAACAAAGUGCAGCUGAAGGUGGUAAAGACGAAAAAUAGUAAUUUAGUUUAUAAGUAUACUUACAAAAUGUCAUUCGUUUAAAAAAAAUGUUUUAAUAAGUUUUUCAUUAUCAAUAACAUACAUUCAGAGACUUUUAGUAUUUUGACAAACAUGAAACGAAUUCAUUCAUUCAAAAAGUCAAUUUUCUCCAUAUAAUUACAC